AUGGAUAGUAUUUGUCCCGAAAUACCAUCGGCCAUAUUAGGCAUAUGUGGUGUAUUUGGAAUUUUUGGCAACAUGAAUAUUAUCAUUGCUUCAAUAAGAAAAAAGUAGGUUUACUGGGGUCGCUAUGCCUACGGAUGAUACCAAGAGCUUACCGUAGAGAAAAUUAAGUGCGAAUUCACUUUCAAACUUUACAGAAACCUCCGUUCAACGUGCAAUUAUCUGAUAGCCAUCCUGUCGGUAGUUGACCUAUUUCACGGAAUAAGUCAACUAAUAUUAUGCUAUUACGUUUUUCGACCUCAAGAGUACCCAACCCUUUACGAAUGUAUCAGAGUGCAAACAUUUUCCAUGUUUGGCUGUAAUGGGAGUGAAGUUAUGAUCUGGUUGAUCAGCUUAGAUCGGCUUUACAGCAUUGCAAGACCUAUUGCGUAAGUUUUUUUACUUACCCUUAGUCUAGAGCUCUAGACCAGAGCCCUAGCCCUGAACCCUAGCUUCAACUCUAGCCCUGACCAGACCUAUUGUCAUUCUUUUUCAGUUACAAAUCGAUCAAAAAAUCCACUGAAAUAUUUCUUUGCCUUCUAAUAACUUCACUGAUCUCCGGUUCAAUUGUCUACAUAGCAUACGAAGACAUUGAACUAUACCUCAACGAAAAAACAAUAUGCAGCGUAGCAUCAAGUUACAAAAAGCGAGGCGAACAACUUUUUAUCCUGGUGAACGCCGUAUUCAAUAUACUGACUCUAAUCAACUAUGCUGCUAUUUGGAUCGUGGUUAAGAAGUUGACCAAACAAAGAAUGGACUCAAUGUUAAGAUCAAUUUGUGCUGUUACUGUGUUUGGCAUUGGGGGAUGGUUUGUGACAUUCACUAUCUUGUCGUCAUUUUUGACUAUGGGUAUUAAGACUAGCGAGAGCUUUGUUUUGUAUGCUGGAAUUGCUUGCAACGUAUCUUUGGCUGUGAACUAUCCUAUCUACUUUGUUAUGAGGUAAGUUUCAGAUAGUACAGUACAGAAGCUCUUUUAUAACGUACUAUACAGUAGGUAAAAACAAAAAAAAUUUAAAAAUAUAAAUUUAUAGUUUUUUUCGUAUUAAUUUUAUGUUUUAGCAACCAAUACAAGCAAGCAUUCAGUGAACAACUGAAUAUUAUGGCAGGAAGAAAGAUAGUAAAAACAAGUUUCAACACAGUUGGUACCAUUCACAGCAGAACUAAUCAGCCGUCUGACGCGCGUUAA